AUGAGCCUGGCAUUCGACGAGUAUGGGCGUCCCUUCAUCAUCAUCAGGGAGCAGGAGAAGCAGAGUCGGGUGAAGGGCAUCGAGGCGGUCAAGUCCAACAUCCAGGCUGCCAAGGCGGUGUCGCGGGUCCUGCGCACCUCCCUGGGGCCCAAGGGCAUGGACAAGCUGCUCCAGGGGCCAGACGGCGACAUUGUCAUCACGAACGAUGGCGCGACCAUCCUGGAGCAGAUGGAGGUGGAGCAUCAGGUGGGCAAGCUCCUGGUGGAGCUGUCAAAGUCGCAGGACCACGAGAUUGGGGACGGCACCACUGGGGUCACAGUACUGGCGGGCAGCCUGCUGGAGCAGGCCGAGAGCCUGCUGGACAGGGGAAUCCACCCGCUCCGGAUCGCGGAGGGAUACGAGAUGGCCUGCAAGAUUGCCACCGCGGAGCUGGAACGCAUCUCCACCCGCUUCGAUUUUGGCACCGGCACCAAGGAGGACUUGGAGCCCCUGAUCAAGACCUGCAUGACGACGCUCAGCUCCAAGAUUGUGGGGCGGUACAAGCGGCCCCUGGCUGAGAUGUGUGUGGAGGCCGUGCUGACCGUGGCCGACCUGGAGAGGAAAGACGUCAACCUGGACCUCAUCAAGCUGGACGGCAAGGUGGGCGGGCGCCUGGAGGACUCCCGCCUCGUGCAGGGCGUCAUCCUGGACAAGGACAUGAGCCAUCCCCAGAUGCCUAAGGAGCUGCACGACGUGAAGAUAGCCAUCCUGACCUGCCCCUUUGAGCCGCCAAAGCCCAAAACCAAGCACAAGGUCGCAACAUCAUCCCAUCCCAAAUCCCAGGUGGACAUCGACACGGUGGAGAAGUUCGAGGCGCUGCGCGGCGCAGAGAAGGCCUACUUCACCGACAUGGUGCGCGCCUGCAAGGCCUCCGGCGCGACGCUGGUGGUGUGCCAGUGGGGGUUUGACGACGAGGCCAACCACCUGCUGAUGCACGAGGGGUUGCCGGCGGUGCGCUGGGUGGGCGGCGUGGAGAUCGAGCUGCUGGCAUUGGCCACCGGCGCGCGCAUCGUGCCGCGCUUCCAGGAACUGGACGCCUCCAAGCUGGGCUCCGCGGCUCUGGUCAAGGAGGUCAGCUUCGGCACCACCCGCGACCGCAUGCUGCUGGUGGAGGGCUGCCCCGGCUCGCGCGCGGUCACGCUCUUCGUGCGCGGCGGGAACAAGAUGGUGCUGGAGGAGACCAAGCGCUCCCUGCACGACGCGCUGUGCGUGGCGCGCAAUCUGGUGCGCGACAACCGCGUGGUCUACGGAGGCGGCGCGGCGGAGAUGGCCUGCUCGCUGGCCGUGGAGGCCGCCGCGGAGCGUGUGGGCGGCGUGGAGCAGUAUGCCAUGCGCGCCUUUGCCGACGCGCUGGACGUGAUCCCGCUGUCCCUGGCCGAGAACUCGGGCCUGGCGCCCAUCGCCAGCCUGACCGAGGUCAAGACGCGGCAGCUGACGGAGGGCGACCCCCACCUCGGCAUCGACUGCAACGACCUGGGCACCAACGACAUGCGUGCGCAAAACGUGUUUGAGACGCUGGCGGGCAAGCGGCAGCAGCUCCAGCUCGCCACCCAGGUCUGCAAGAUGAUCCUCAAGAUCGACGACGUCAUCAAGCCCAACGAGUAUGCGUGA